UACAGCGCGCAGAGGGGAGCGGUUCAAACACAGUACAGCAGCAAAACCUUUAUGUCCUUUGUCGUAAGUAAAUGGUUAUUUUAAGUUCCUGUAUAUGGAGAUCAAGAGGAGCAUCUGUGUGACAUAGUGCCAUUUCUGAAGACAUCUUGCAAUGCAGCGGGGUUUAUGAGAACUGUCCUGACACUGACUUUCAUUCUCAUAACACCCAGGUGUUUGCACUACUCUGCAGCGAUGGAUGUGACGGGUACCAACUGCAGUGCCCCUUCAGAAGAGUACCAGUUCUACCUGUUCCCUACUGUUUCUAUUAUAGCUUUAGUUAUAGGUUUGCCUGGGAAUCUCGCUGCCUUCUUCUUCUUCAGCUUCAAAGUAACUCCUCGUACAGCUUUCAGCGUGUACAUCAGUAACCUAGCUCUGGCCGACGUCCUCAUCCUCUGCACUCUACCUUUUCGAAUCCACUACCACAUGAACAGAAACAGCUGGGUAUUCGGGGACGUCGCCUGUCGCGUCACCGGGAUCGUCUUCUACGCCAACGUCUACAUGAGCAUCUGCUUCAUGACCUGCAUCUGCGUGGAUCGCUACAUGGCCACUGUGCAUCCCCAUGUCUACCUGAGGAUCCGGAUGUCCUGGUACUCUCUGGUUGUGAGUGUGAUCCUCUGGGGUGUCGUUGGAAUAGCCAUGCUGGUUUUUAUCCUCAUGGGACCGCUGGAGGCUCAGGAAUCCGGUAGCUGUAAGUGCUUUGAGAACUUCUCUAAGAAAGAGUGGGAAACGCGUUUGGGCGCCUUCAGCGUUCUCAGCCUGAUAUUUGGAUCACUUCUACCGUCCGUGAUCAUCCUGGUGUGUUAUCCUUUAGCUGCAAGGCGGAUUUCCAGGAUAAAGACUAAAACGGCUCAAAAAGCUUUAAAGGUGAUCUACGCCAUCCUGGUCAUAACACUGCUUUGCUUCCUACCUAAUCAUGUGGUGUAUCUGGUGCACUUCAUUCAACGACGCAGGGGCUUCAUUAAGAGUUGCACCACCAUUAACGCCAUCUACCACGCCAGGCGGGUCACAAUGGCCCUGGUCAUCUUAAACACAUGCCUGGACCCUGUGCUUUACUACAUCACCACCAGCCACUGGAAAUGGAGGAGCUUGAAGCUGACGUGGCUGAAGAGAUGGACAGGGAGGAGAAGGGGGGUUUAUAUCGUCACAAUGAGCUGUACUUCUUCUCAUGAAAAUGCCCCAGCUUGAGCAGUUUAUGCUUCAUUCUCGUGUGAUUAUAAGAAACUGUAUAUUAGCUUAAGUAAAAAUGUAAAAUGUAAAAAAAAUGUACCUUUUCUA